UCUUUGGACCAAAAAAGGAAGACAACACAAAAAUAGCACGGCACUCAUCAAAAUCUGCAAUAAAACUUCUAGCAAAAACGAUUUAUUAAAAGGUGUUUCAAACUGAAAAGCCAAGAACGAUUAAAAUGCCUCGCAGUGUAAUCAGCACGCAGUCGGCCGGUAGCAACGGUUCCCGCCAUGCAAACACAAGAAAGUACUUCACCGUCAGCAAAAAUUCCUCAGUGGAUGAGUCGCUCUUUGGGACUGCUCCAAACGCCAAACAACGACAGAACGAGACCAAGUCUGAGGAAGUUGUGCUUCAGACGCAGUCGGCUGGUGGGCAAAGAAGGAGAACACAAAAAAAGAAAGAAACCGUCCAAGUCAUCACAAAAGACCUGAUCAGAAAUUUAAUUGUACCUCAGGAUGAUCCGUCCGGUCAGUCAGUCGUGUUACCGUUCUGUGAAUACCAGAGGAUUAUCAACGCUGCUCGUGUAUUGACACAUGAGGAGCGUAUUGCAGCAGAACAACACAGACAAAAAGAGAAAGAGGCAAUACAGGAAGCUAGUAACGAUCGCAAGCUACAGAUGCAGGCUUUGGACCGAGCCAGACAGAAGAACGAGAAACUGAAUGAUCUUGAUGAAGAGGCGAGACAGAAGGCCGAGUAUCUCCUUCAGAAAGCCAAGGAGCAACAAGAAGAGCAGGAAGAUGAAAUCAAACAUCUCAAUGAGCUCAUUCUCAACGCCAAGUGUCACGCCAUCCGAGAUGCCCAGAUUCUGGAGAAGGGUCAGAUCAAGGGAGAGAUGACGGACGAAGAGAAACGACUGGAUCUCAUGAUGGAAGUUGAACGACAGAGGGCGCUACAACUCCAAGAGGAGAUUGAAUCGCAGAAGAAAGAAGAACGAUACGAGGGUGCUUCUCAAGUCCUGACUCAAAUUGCCCAGAGGGAGGAGGAGCGAUUGUUGGAUCAGGAACGUAAGGACCAGGAAGCCCUGCACAUGUUGAAGUAUCUGGAAAAACUCCAGGUGGAAGAUCUCAAGGACUUGGAGCGCAAACACGAAAUGACCCUAGAAGCGCAGAAAGAGAUCGCACGAGCCAAUCAGGAGGCAGAGGAACAGCGCAUCCGUCGCCAGGAACAAGAAAAGAUGGCCGACCUGAAGGUGACGGAGUACAUGAAGAAGAAGGCGCAGCGUGAGGCGGAGUUUGAGGCCGAGCAGGAACGUAUCAAACUGGAAAAGGAGAAGGAGAUUGCCAGGCUGAGAGCUAUGCAGGAGAGAGCCAAGGACUACAUGGCUGAGAAAGACGCCCUCCGAGCAAAACGCAACCAGGAGCAAAGAGAGCGAGAGUGGAGACAAAAAGAGAAGGAGGAGGCCAAGAAGAAGGCUGAGACAGAACAGAUGCUCAAGAUUGCCAGAGAAGUCCAAGUGCAGAACAAGGAGCAUUUCCUGGCUGUACAGGCCAAGAGAGAACGACAUGAGUUUGAACGCGUACUCAAAGCACAGAAUGAAGCGAUGCACAAAGAGAACUCUGAGGAGGUGGACCAUCACAUGAAGCGUCUCGACCACGCCGAGGAAGUCCGUCGACAGAUCAGGGAGAAGGAACAGCUUAAGGUCGCUGAGCGUCAUUCGUUCUUUGAGGAAGGGGUUCGCAUCAACGAAGAGGCCAGGGCUCGCAGGAACAAGCUGGACUCUAUCAAGCAAAAGAAACUGUCGGAGUUAAGAAAUGCUGGCGUCCCAGAGAAAUACUGUGCCGAGGUUGAACGGAGGAUAGAUGCCCCAGCAUUGGCAGGUUUCAGUACUUAAGCUCAAUAAUUAUUCCCUGAUAACAUAAUAGAUCUUUAUCACACUUGACUGCGACUGCCAUGAUAGGUUUAGUUUCCUGUAUACCACAGUAAUAAUUCAAUGAUGGUACACUGAAGGCUCCCGACUAGCGUCCAAUUCAGGAAUGUAAAAUCCGUCCAAAGAAAAUCUCCAGUUGUAAAUUUAAAGCAAUCAAAAUUUUAUCUUCCAGAAUUUAAACCGUCCAACUUGAGGCCUUCAGUUAAAUUAAAAUUUGAAAAUGCUUAAUUUAUAAUUUGUUUUUGUACUUCCCAAAUAAAUUUCUAAUUUCUAAUCAGAAGAUGGUUUUAGUUUUUGUAUAAAUUUACUUUAAAAACAUUCGUCCAGUAUGGAAUACACUUUAUGUUGUGGGUUUCAUGCGCUACAUGUACAGUAUAUGUAUAUAUUAAAAACAUGUUGUAUUUUAUUAGUUAGCUGUCUGUAUGGGGUUUUGUAUUCAUUUUUUGUUUUUUUUCAUUGGUCGCAGCCACUACUACCUACCCGAAAUUGGAUACAAGUAUAUAAAUUUCCCACUAUAGGGAUGGUAUAGCGCCUUUUUUGUAGUGUCUA